AUGUCGACAUCUCCUGGUUCGGCAAAACACCAGAAACUACAUAAACGAAAGCGUGAUCUCGAUGUCGCCCCAACGAACAGCUCAACUCCAACCAAGAAGCAUAAAAAGCGUGAGAGUCUCUCGGCUGAACAACCCGCGGAAAACGGUAGCGCGGUCAAAAAGCGCAAAAGAGUCAAGGAUGCAUCGCAAAGUGACGAUUCUCCGAAGUCGACCAAGGAAGAAGGUUCUGUCUCGACCGAGCGCAGCAAAAAGACUUCUGCAGACUCGCACGACCUGGGCGCUAAGGAAGGAAAGAAAUCAAAGGAUGGCAAGCGAGAGAGCUCUAAGAAGCAUGAUGCCUUACCUGAGCACUCUCCAGCUGUGAUGGCCGAGUCUGAUGCUAUGGAGACCUCAUCUGAUAAUGAAGACUCGGGCAAGGCUUCGAAAAAUAAACACGCAGGCAUUUUAUCCAAAUUUGAACGGACCAAAGUCGCAGCUAGCAACAAGAAGAAGAUCUCGAAGGACGAGGACGAGACUGAACCCUCCGAGAAUGUGAUCGAACCUGUGAUCGCACAAGGCCUGGAACCCUUGCCUCAACCCGAAAACCCGCCUGAGCUAGAGGUGGCCCCGACCUAUUCUUCCUUACCUGCCUGGCUUGCGAAUCCCAUACGUACCUCAGUCAAAGAACGGUCGAAGUUUUCUGACCUCGGCAUCAAAUCCGAUCUACUCCGCAUACUCGAGCAACACAACUACGAAGAGGCAUUUGCCGUCCAGUCUACAGUUAUCCCUCUUCUCCUAGAGGGCAACAAGAACCACCCGGGUGAUCUGUGUGUUUCGGCUGCUACUGGAUCUGGAAAAACACUCUCCUAUGUCCUCCCACUUGUCACAUCUCUGACACCCAGACCCGCAUCACGACUGCGAGGCUUGAUUGUGGUUCCCACGAGAGAACUGGUUAGACAGGCUCGUGAAGCUUGCGAACUUUGCGCAGCCGGAUCGCGCCUUCACAUCGGAAGUGCAGUGGGAAAUGUUGCGAUCAAGGACGAACAGAAGCUUCUCAUGAGGGUGGACCAAGUCUAUAACCCUGCAACUGUAGCGCAGCGUCAGAAGACGGGUCUACAAGGAAAUGACUGGAUGGACUUCAGUCUCGAGGACUGUGUGACUGAGGCUGUUGACUCCACAGGCUUUCUCCCAGGGUAUAUUCAGCGACCGGAGCCUAAUGUUGAUAUUCUCAUCUGCACUCCGGGUCGCUUGGUAGACCACAUUCGUUACACCAAGGGCUUUACACUCAAAAGUCUAGAGUGGUUGGUGAUUGAUGAAGCCGAUCGCUUGUUGAACGAAAGUUUCCAGGAAUGGGUGGAUGUUGUCAUGGGAUCGCUGGAUGCGCGAAAGUCCCCAGAGACAUUCGGCCCUGGUGGCAAGCUCUUGUCUGACCUUGGCUUGCCAAUCGAGACCAAACCUCCUCGAAAGGUCAUUUUGAGUGCAACUAUGACCCGUGACAUUUCGAAGCUCAACUCAUUACGCUUGGCCAAUCCGAAGAUGGUUAUUAUUGGUGCUGAAAAUUCCGUGGACUCUGAAGACCCCGCUGCCAUUCAGACAGAUGCCCAUUUCACCUUACCACCAAGACUGAAUGAGCAUAUGAUUGCUGUUGGAGAAGAAUCCCAAAAGCCAUUGUAUCUGUUGCGCCUACUUCUUUCACAUAUCAAUGUCGGUGUGGAUGGCGAAAAACGCAAACUUACUCGUGGCGCAUCCUCAUCUUCCGAUGAAAGUUCCAGCUCGGAUGAAACCAGUGAUGAUGGAACAAGCUCUGAUGAUUCUUCCGAUGAUGACACUUCAUCUUCUGGUUCAGACUCAGACUCAGACUCAGACUCCGAUUCUGAUUCCGAUUCUUCAAGCGACAGCUCUUCGGACUCUGACAGCUCUGAUUCCGACAGCUCCGAUUCUGAAUCCAUCGACCGUGUUGCCCCCGCUGCGCCUUCCCACAAUACAGUGUUGAUCUUUACCAAGUCCUCCGAAUCUGCAUCUCGACUUUCCCGUCUCAUUUCCCUCAUUCACCCCCCACUCGCCAGUCGCAUGGGAACAAUUAUCAAGUCUAGCAAGUCUUCCUCCUCUCGAAAGACUCUGACGGCCUUCAGAAAUGGCCGCAUUUCGGUAAUCAUUGCUACCGAUCGAGCUUCUCGUGGAUUGGAUCUUCCCACUCUGAAGCAUGUUGUGAACUACGACGUACCUACUAGCGUCACCACGUAUGUGCACCGUGUGGGACGAACUGCUCGUGCUGGCAGGGAGGGCUCAGCGUGGACCUUAGUGGCUCAUCGUGAAGGUCGCUGGUUCGCCAACGAAAUCUCCUCGAAUGUUGAAGGUCGUAUUACCCGUGUGGCGGGUAUCAACCGAGUCCAGGUGAAAUCGGAUACAUUCAAGCCCCUCCAGGUCAAGUAUGCCGCAGCGCUGAAUGAACUGGAGAAGGAAGUCAAAGGAGGCAAGGCAUCGAGAUCUUGA